AUGAUUAGAAUUUUAACUCUUGCAAUUUGCACUACUUCUAUCUUGGGAUCAUUCAUCCAAAAUUAAUAAGCAAUCAAUAAUAUAGAAGUAAAUUUGAUUCAAAUUCAUUUUUAGUGUACUUUAGUUGAAUACAGAAGACCAGACGUUUUUUAUUCCUAAGGCACAGGAUCUCUAAGCGUUGAACCUACAAUAGCAACAGUUAAUUUUGCAAUCGAAAUCAUUAAUGAACUUGCAGAAGUGGCUUUGAAUACAGCCAACUAAAUACAGGGUAAAGCCUUUAAGUACUAUUAUCUUAAAAUCCAUAGAUCAUUACAAAAAGUGGAUACAACAAAUGCAGGAGUGAAGAUCUCCACCACAUAAUUUUAGAUGUUCCCUCAUUUAGAAUAUGAUUAUACCAAUUUUAACCCUUAAAUCAAAUUCAAAGGUUAUAAAGUAAUCAUUAGCCAAAAAUUGGAAACCCCUAAUUUGAAGAUUGUUGGAUAAUUAAUCGACGCUGCUAUCAACGCAGGAGUUACUACCAUCGAGAAUGUCUCCUUUGAUAUCAAACUAGAAUAAAAGUCAGAAUUGAAAGAUCAAAUUCUCUAAUUAGCUAUCCAAGAUGCAACAAAUAAAGUAUUUUACUGAUUAAUAUCUAUAGGCUGAAAUUGCAUUAAAAGGUUUGGAUAUGAAAAUACAUUCCAUCAAAAGUAUCACCAUUGACUAGCCUUAAUAUAGACCAGUAUAUGAAUACGCUAACGUAACAAUGAUUGGAUCCGCUGCAGCUCCAACUGAAAUCUAUGCUCAAGAAUAAAACUUAUCACACACAGUCACAAUAGGAUUUAUAAUAGUUCCUAUUGAUUAAUGA